GUAAAUAUUGAAAUAUUCAUAAAAGUGAGUCGAUUCAUUAAAGUGAGUCGAUUCAUUAAAGUGAGUCGAUUCAUUAAAGUGAGUCUCAGAGUGGGCGGGCAGGUGUGCACGCGCCACUAGUCGCCGUUCUCACUGCUGCAUGGUUCCAAAAGCUGUAAGAGCAUGAUGAAGCAGCUAAGCCGUGCCGAGACUCCACCAGCCAUCACGUUGCGAAUCGGAUCGGCGGCAGCUCACAGUCUUCAGCUCAGACGGGGACUUCGGGUGAAGCGUCCGAACCUUCAGGGUCCCAGAGGACCACCGGGAAAGAGCCAGAACAACGGCACGAAUCACCCUCGAGGUCAGCUCUCCUGUUUGAGCAAACAGCCAUGGGGUCCGACUUUGGUCGUCCAGCGCCAGGAAAUGUCCGCCUACUUCAGACUGUUCGGUGAGGAGGAAGGGAUCAUGCCAGAUGAUGAUCUCAUCCAGGAUUUUUUGUGGAUGGACUGCUGUUGCAAAAUCACUGAUAAGUAUUUGCUCGCCAUGACCUUCGUCUACUUCAAGAGGGCGUGUUUCAGCAUCAGCGAGCACAGCAGGAUGAACUUCUUUAUCGCCCUAUACCUUGCAAACACCAUGGAGGAGGACGAGGAGGAGGCAAAAUAUGAGAUCUUUCCCUGGGCUUUGGGUAAAAGCUGGAGGAAGCAGUUCCCUCGUUUCCUCAAGCAAAGGGACAAGCUGUGGGCUCGCAUCGAGUACCGAGCUGCGGUCAGCCGGCGCUGCUGUGAGGAGGUGAUGGCCAUCGCUCCGUCUCAUUUCAUUUGGCAACGAGAGCGAGCGGCUCACCACAGCGGGGCUCAGCGGCAAUACCAGGACAGGGAGGAGGUACAGAUCCCCCGAGGCCCAGCUGCCUCUCCCGAGCCCUGCGCUCUGUGUGCCAAAGUCUCCCGCCUCUCCCCGUCACCUCUUUCACUUAAACUCAGCCUGAGUCUCCAGGAAACACCUAAAACCCAGAAGUUAGCUUCCUGUUACUGCACACACAGCCCAGCAGAAAGUGAUGUGCACAGCAAGUCCAGCCAUGACGCUUCCAUAGACUGGAUCAACAAGGACUAGAAUCUCAUUGCAACCAGUAAAACAUCAUCCGUUACCUAGAAAUCUGACCAAUGUGAGAACGACGCGUGUUCAUGUACAAAGGCUUAUGUAUUUAUUUAACUGUUCACAUGCACUUUUCCUCUUGUCACACGUCUUUUCAUUUCAAUAGUUAUUUAUUAAAUACUCUGCUGCUCUUCUGUACAGCACGGAAAUCAUUUGUUAUUUAACUAUCGUCUAUGAAAUAUUACUGCAUUGCGUUUCAGCAUAAAUAAAUAUCAAUGAAACCUA